GUCCAAAUAUUUGGGAGUUUCAAAACAGGACUUUAUUUGCCUACCAGUGACAUUGACCUAGUUGUUUUUGGAAAAUGGGAGAAUUUACCACUGUGGACACUUGAAGAGGCAUUGCGGAAGCACAAAGUGGCUGACGAAAACUCAGUUAAAGUUCUUGACAAAGCCACGGUACCGAUUAUUAAACUGACGGAUUCAUAUACUGAAGUCAAAGUAGACAUAAGUUUUAACGUUCAGAAUGGGGUUAAAGCAGCUCAGCUUAUCAGGGAUUUUAUUAAGAAAUAUCCAGUCCUUCCAUACUUAGUGCUGGUUUUAAAGCAGUUUCUGUUACAAAGAGACCUUAAUGAAGUGUUUACAGGGGGAAUAGGCUCCUACAGCCUCUUUUUAAUGGCUGUUAGUUUUCUGCAGUUGCAUCCAAGAGAAGAUGCCUGCAGUCCGGAUGCCAACUAUGGCGUUUUGCUAAUAGAGUUUUUUGAGCUUUAUGGGAGGCAUUUUAACUACUUAAAAACUGGAAUACGCAUAAAAGAUGGUGGCUCAUAUGUAGCAAAAGACGAGGUACAAAAAAGUAUGUUAGAUGGGUACAGGCCAUCCAUGCUGUACAUUGAAGAUCCAUUGCAGCCUGGUAAUGAUGUGGGUAGAAGUUCAUAUGGAGCCAUGCAGGUGAAACAGGCCUUUGAUUAUGCAUAUGUUGUCUUAAGCCACGCAGUGUCACCUAUAGCCAAGUAUUACCCUAACAAUGAAUCUGAAAGCAUUUUAGGGCGUAUUAUUCGAGUAACUGAAGAAGUGGUGGCUUACAGAGACUGGAUAUCAAAGAAAUGGGGGCAGAAAAAUAGAUCUGAACCAGUAUACAAUGGAAAUGAUGUUACCUUAAUAGUGGAUGUUCAUCAUUUAGACAAGUGUAACAACAAUGUGUCUGGUCAGAAUACUCCGCUUGGACAAGUCAAGAAUAAAACCUCUGAUGCUCUUGGCAAACACUCCUCCAAUUCAUCUGGUCCUUUGUCUUCCUCUUCUUCCACACUAUCCAGCUCUAGUGAUGUGGACUCAGACGGAACCCCAUUCAAGACAUCAAAGCAGCCAAGUUGUCGGCAAGCAAACGAUAGUCGUAUGGGCCCUCAGGAAUCCUGCACCAGCUCAACACAAACCAUCAGCAAAUCACAACCUAACCAGAGCAUUAGUUCUUCAAACAGCAACAACAAAUCUCAGCAUGGCACUACUAGACUUUUCCGUUCAACCUCGUCCAGCAAAAGUUUCCAGGCACCACCCAACACAAGCCAAGGCACAUCUGUGCCAAGCCGGCACAUACAAAGCGGCAAAGCACAGCACCAGCACUACCACAGCAAGAAACGCAAGCACAAGCGAGAAACAGACCUGUGCAGAUAG